GGGUUAGCGGGGUGUAGAGUGGGUCCCACGCGCCGACCGAUGUGUGCCGGCAUCUAGGGCGAGAAAGGCGGGCCGGCAGUUACUUUUUCCGCCCAAUCGGCUUUCUCCACGCCCCACACCGACGAAACCUACCGACUUGCCUUGCCAGGAGCCGUUCAAUUAUUCGCAGGAUGUGUGCGGGAGGGAAAUAGCGGAAUGACCGGCGUUCUCUUUGUUUCUCUCGCCGGCGGGGCAUGAAAAGGGCAGCACCGAUCUAUCGCUCGAUUCUUCCUCAUGGACGCUUCGUCUUCUUCUUCUUCUUCUUCUUCUUCUUCGUCGCACAGGAGGGAUGGAUGGAUUGAAGAGAGUGCAGAGGAGGAAAAGUAAAGAAUAAAAAACGAGGCCGGAACCGGAACGGGAAAGAGAAGAAGCGGCAACUGGAAAGGGUUUUUAUGUUUUAUCGUCGAGUUGAGAUUGAACUAGGUGUCCCGCCUCCGACUUGCUCCUAAUCCCACACCUCCCUUUCUCGUCACGCAUGGGUAUGGACGAGGUUGAUAUUCAACCGGCACCUCGACCACAUCAACAACCGCCACAGCAACAAAAUCAACAACUCACACCUCCGCAGCAGCAGCAGCACCCACCUCGCCAUCCGCAUCCUCUGCAACGAGGUGGUGGCGGUGGUGGUGGAGGAUUGACGCUUUCGCUUCCCCUGCAAGCGUCGCCGUCGGGGACCAAGAUCGCUGCGCCUUCGCCGCCGGGGGUUUCCGUUGCGCCGCCUGCAAAUGGUGGCGCCGCUCCUUCGACCACCAAUGGCGGCACAGGGGCGGCGGAGCGCGGCCAUGGACACCGGGAUGAUUGCUGGAGUGAAGGUGCUACGAAUACGCUGAUCGAAGCCUGGGGUGACCGGUACCUGGAGCUUAACCGGGGGAACCUGAAGCAGAAGCACUGGAAGGAUGUGGCUGACGCUGUGAGUAACCGUGAGAGCGGGUCGAAGACCCCGAAGACUGAUGUGCAGUGUAAGAACCGGCUUGAUACCCUGAAGAAGAAGUAUAAGCUGGAAAAGACGAAGAUCUUCGGUGGUGGUGGCGGUACCAGUAAAUGGCCGUUCUUUAAUAAGCUUGAUGAGCUCAUAGGACCGUCCCGUAAAAACCAGCAGCAGAAGCCGCUUCAGGUCCAGCCUCAGCUGUUGCCGCCUGCGGCGGCUAAGUCGCUUAAGCGCUCGCUCGCUGAGGAGCCUCUGAGUCACCCUCAGUCUCAGGGUCAGGGUCAGGGUCAGGGUCAGGCUUCGGCUCUUGCUCCGCCCGGGCACUUUCAUAUACCCCAUAUGACCGCCCCCGCUAACAACUCUGCUUCGUCUAAGUCCGACGAAACCCCCGAUUCGACUGACAGCUACCAUAACGGCAUCGACAUGACUGUCAACGGCAGCAAAGGCUUCAAGAAGCGACGGCUGCCUGAAAACCCUAACCCUUUUAAGGAGUUAACGGGGGCCAUUAUUAAGUUUGGCGAAGUGUAUGAGCGGGUGGAGACUUCCAAGCUGCAGAACUUCAUCGAUCUGGAGAAGCAACGCAUGGAAUUCAUGAGGGAAAUGGAGAUCCAGAGAAUGCAGCUCUUCGUGCAGACGCAGCUGGAGCUCGCGAAGAUGAAACAUGGAAAGCAAGGAAACAACACUGAACAUUAUUUGUAAUGGCGUUUUGUUGCUAACUCAAACUCUUUACUGGCACCGGGCGGUUCCGAGAAUUAACCUCAACAACGGUCUUGCAUUUUACCAUGGUCUUCUCUACCUGGUCUCAUUAUUUGGUUGAAAUCAAAUGUGUUUUAUUGCGGCAAUAUGAUUGGAUUGCUGUGUACGCGGGGACCAUGGAGCCUAAUCGGAACCAGCCCAUCCUGUACAAUUUCUUCAAAUUCAUUUCGUUUCAUUUCGUCUGCAUUGGUGAUUCUGUCUUUUGAGGUUUUUCUAAUCUUUCCAGCCUCAAUUCAAGGAUACAGACAUUUGAAUAUGUAAACGUUUCAAAAAAUUUCUUCCCCUGGCUCACUGUAUUAUAGUUCUUGAUGAAAUGUGGAACACGUUUCAGAUAUAUAUAUUUUUUAUCACA